AUGGGAUUCCUUUUAUGUUGGGGAUUAGCUUUUCAUGGUCACAAUGAAUCUCAAGGUUCAAGUGAUAAAGGAAAUUUUCUUGAAUUUAUGCAAUUUUUGGGGGAUCAUAAUGAAUCUAUCAAUGAAGUGUUGCAAAAAGUUCCGAAAAAUUGCAAGCUUACCCAUUAUGAAAUUCAAAAAGACAUUGUGAAUGCAGUUGCACGUGAAACAUCCAAAGCCAUCAUCAAGGAUCUUGACAAUGGAUUCUUUUCAAUAUUAGUUGAUGAGUCACGUGAUAUCUCAGUGAAAGAGCAAAUGGCCCUCGCUUUUUGUUAUGUGAACAAAAAAGGAAUUAUUAUAGAGCGGUUUUUUGGUAUUGUACAUGUAGCAAGUACCACUACUUUGUCACUCAAAUAUGCUAUUGAAUGUUUACUUUGUGAAUAUAAUUUGAGUUUAUCGAAAUUAUGUGAGCAAGGUUAUGACAGGGCUAGUAAUAUGCAAGAUGAUAUCAAUGGUCUUAAAACUUUAAUUUUGAAAGAGAAAAAGUCAGCAUUUUAUGUCCAUUGUUUUGCUCAUCAACUUCAAUUGACUCUUGUUACCGUUGCUAAAAAUCACAUUAACAUUGCUGAAUUUUUUUUAUGUGAUGAUAUUUCUAUCUUGAACAUGGAUGAAAUAUUUGUAGUUAGUGGGAGGCCACGAUGCAGCACCCAACAAAAUACAAAUUUACAUCAUUAUUGUGUUGAGCUAUUCUACACAGUCAUAGAUUUGCAACUUCAAGAGCUUAACAACUGUUUUUCAGAGGCGAAUACCGAUUUGCUACUUUGUAUGGCUUGCUUGAAUCCAAGUAAUUCAUUUGUGACUUUUGAUAAGGAAAAUUUGAUUCGUUUAGCAAAGUUCUAUCCAUCUGAUUUUUUUGGGACAGAUAUCUUGGCACUUGACUCUCAACUUCAGAAUUACAUUUUUGAUAUAUGUGCAGUAAUGACUUGUUUUUAG